CAAUGAUGUCAUAGUUUUAAGUAUGUGCCAUGGGAGAGCAUAUGGUUCGUACCCGCUGCCGAGCGGCAGUGUUGCUUUGUUAUGAACAGGCGGCGCUGUAGCUGGCGGAAGAGUAAGUCGCCCAGCCCAGUAUAUCUUCGCCUGGAAAAUAGAAGCCGAGGGGGAGACGAGAAAACGGGAGGAGAAAAUACAGUGUUGGCAGGAGGAGAAAGAGAAAGCUACGAUAAUGGCCGCUAAAUCGGAUGGGGUAUUGAAAAUGAAAAAGAGCGAUGUAGCUUUCACGCCUUUGCAGAAUUCGGACCACUCGGGCUCAUUACAAGGACUCGUUCCAGGAUCGCAGCCGGAUUCGGGAAUUGGGGAUGGGGACUUCGUGAAUGGGGAAUCUCGGUGCUGUGGUUCUAAAUCGACAUGUCUUCGCCUUGGCAGAGAGCAGCAAACUAAAUACACGAUAUGGGACUGUCUAUGGAUCCUCGCCGCAGUGGCGGUGUAUUUCGCCGAUGUAGGCACCGAUAUUUGGCUUUCUGUCGACUAUUACCUCCGUCGCGAGUACUGGUGGUUCGGACUCACACUAUUUUUUGUGGUGCUAGGGUCGUUCUCCGUCCAAGUCUUCAGUUUCCGAUGGUUUGUCCACGAUUUCAGCACCGAGGAGAGCUCAAAUGCCGCCGGUGCGGCAAACUGCUCAUCCCACAUGGACGGGAAGCUGCUGACCGGUUCUGCUUCACAUGGAGACGUGGGCGCUCAACCGUCCACACCUCAAAAACAGGCAUCCACCGCUAGCAAGAGCAACACCAUAAGCAACAGUAACAGCUGCACGGCAACCCGGACUAAUAAGCAAAGGUCGGCGUCCUGUUCUGUCUUUAUCUGGUCCGCGCAAUCCGUCAUCCACAUCUUGCAGCUUGGACAGAUUUGGAGGUAUUUCCAUGCCAUCUACCUGGGCCUCCGGAGCCGGCGCAGUGGGGACCAUGACCGCUGGAGGUUCUACUGGAGGAUGGUAUACGAGUUCGCUGACGUCAGCAUGCUGCACCUCCUGGCCACCUUCCUGGAGAGCGCUCCUCAGCUGGUCCUGCAGCUCUGCAUCAUCAUCCAGACUCACAAACUGCAGGCCGUCCAAGGAAUGACAGCGGCUGCCUCCCUUGUGUCUCUGGCCUGGGCCCUGGCAUCCUAUCAGAAAGCGCUGCGAGACUCCCGGGACGACAAGAAGCCAAUCAGCUACCUGGCUGUCAUCAUCCAGUUCUGCUGGCAUUUCUUCACCAUUGCCGCCCGGGUCAUCACCUUCGCCCUGUUCGCCUCCGUGUUCCAGCUCUACUUCGGCAUCUUCAUCGUCCUGCAUUGGUGCUUCAUGACCUUCUGGAUAGUCCACUGCGAGACCGAGUUUUGCAUCACCAAGUGGGAGGAGAUUGUCUUCGACAUGGUAGUGGGCAUCAUCUACAUCUUCAGUUGGUUUAAUGUGAAGGAGGGUCGUACUCGGUGUCGGCUCUUCAUCUACUACUUUGUGAUCCUGCUGGAGAACACUGCUCUGAGUGCCCUGUGGUACCUGUACCGCGUCCCUCAGAGCACCGAUGCCUUCGCCGUCCCCGCCCUCUGUGUCAUCUUCAGCAGCUUCCUCACUGGCAUCGUCUUCAUGCUCAUGUACUACGCCUUCUUUCACCCCAACGGGCCCCGCUUCGGACACUCGCCUAGCCUCGUGCUGGACGACCCCACCGCUGCCUUCAUGCUGCCCACCGAGGGGGCCACCAACUCGCUGAGGUCCAAUCGGGGUGUGCCCCUCAUCUCGGGGGAUGGCACCAUUGGCAGAGACGCCAAAUACACUGAGAGGGACGGCUGUAUGCCCGUGUUUCAGGUGAGACCCACCGCCCCCUCCACGCCAUCCUCCCGUGCCCCACGCAUUGAGGAGACAGUCAUCAAAAUAGACCUGUGUCGGAAUCGCUAUCCGGCCUGGGAGAGGCAUGUACUGGACAGGAGUAUACGCAAGGCCAUCCUGGCCAUCGACUGUUCCCCCACGCCACCCAGACUCCAGUACAAAGAUGACACUACUGUUCAGGAGCGUCUAGAGUACGAGACCACGUUGUAGCCCUGCACCGCUGCCUGGAUGAAGGAUCCAUGGAAAUGCUCAACUGUAAUAAAGGAUUACCAUCAACUUGGAUUUACAGCAGGACUGUGGCAAUAAUACGUUAUGAACGCUCUCUAUAUACAUACUAGCAUUGAACCAUGAUGUUGGUUGUCAUGGUUACAUCUUCAGAAUAGAGAAAGUUGCACACUCCAUGUAUAAUCUCCCAGCAAUUCAAUGGA